AUGGCUUCUGAACAAGUACAUCGUGGAGAAGUAUUCAGUGAGACGUUUGUGGAGAUCGGGGAGAUACAAAUCCAGGAACAAAGAAAUGAAGGAGAGGGUGGUAAUAAUAAUCAGAAACAACAAGAUAUCAGAGAGUUGCAUGGUGAUAGAGGCAAGUCUCAAGAUAAAGCUGCUAAAGGAAAAAAGCAAGACCAAAGAGAAGGAAAAACGAAACCUGUUGUUGUUUGUGAAACUGUAGUUAAAGUUCUUCCACAGAAGGAUAACGAAAGCAACACUGUCGGAAGCUUUGAGAGAGUUCAAGAGAGAGGCAAAGCAAAAAAGCAAGGUGUGUUGGGGGAAACUAAAACACAACACUCAGUAAAAAUGAACAAAAAUAGGGAAAGCAAUGUGUUGGCUACCUAUGCGGAAGUUGUAAAAGGCGAUGAUUCUGCUGCAAGGAGAGUACAAGAACAAAAGCUAGAGGAAACCAUAGUUGAAAAAAGCUUUGAGGGAAAGAAAGAAGAAUCUCAAGUGGGCGUUGUGCAGAAUCUGCAUUCGGUAAAGGAGAAAUUGGAGGUUACUGUUACUGAUUCUGCAGCAAGGAGAGUACAAGAACAAGAGCUAGAUGAAACCAUAGUUGAAAAAGGCUUUGAGGGAAAGAAAGAAGACUCUCAAGUGGGUAUUGUGCAGAAUCUGCAUAUGGUAAAUGAGCCAUUGGAUAGUAAGGUUAGUGAAGGUGGAAGUACUGUGUUGGGAGCUGUAGGUGAAACUGUGCUAGAAAUUGGAGAAAACAUAUUGAAACCAGCUAAGAAAGUGAUAGAAAAGAGUGAAGAGGGAAAAGAGAGUGGUGGAGUGUUGAGUGCCAUAGGUGAAACCGUAGCAGAAAUAGCAGAGACAACUAAGGUUAUUGCUGUUGGAGAUGGAGAAUCAGAACCAAAAUAG